UCUUCUUUAACCUUAGACCCUCUAACCUUAGACCCUCUUCUCCAACCUUAGACCCUCUUCUCUAACCUUAGACCCUCUUCUUUAACCUUAGACCCUCUAACCUUAGACCCUCUUCUCUAACCUUAGACCCUCUAACCUUAGACCCUCUAACCUUAGACCCUCUUCUCCAACCUUAGACCCUCUAACCUUAGACCCUCUUCUCCAACCUUAGACCCUCUUCUCUAACCUUAGACCCUCUUCUUUAACCUUAGACCCUCUUCUUUAACCUUAGACCCUCUAACCUUAGACCGUCUAACCUUAGACCCUCUUCUCCAACCUUAGACCCUCUUCUCUAACCUUAGACCCUCUUCUCCAACCUUAGACCCUCUCAGACCCUCUUCUCUAACCUUAGACCCUCUUCUCUAACCCCGGCCCGUCUCUGGGCGCUUCUUCCUCACUUCUUCUUAUCUUGUUCUCAGAGCGUAAGACCCCCCCCGUGUUCACUAAAAAGCCGUCCGAGCACAUCGAGGACACGGAGGGCCGGCUGGUGAAGAUGGAGGGCCGGGUGUCGGGGUCUCAGCCCAUCUCGGUGCGCUGGUUCCGAGGCGGCUCGGAGAUCCUCAGCUCGGAUCAGUAUGACGUCAGCUUCAAGAGCAACGUGUCGGUGCUGUGCAUCAAGAGCAGCCGGGUGACGGACAGCGGCUCGUACCAAUGCCGCGCCUCCAACGAGGCGGGGGAGUCCUGCUGCGACGUCACUGUGGGGAUCAGAGAGGCGAAAAAGGCCCCGGUGUUCGACGUCCCUCUGAAGCCUCAGACUGUGGACGAAGGAGAGAGGCUGAGUCUGCGCUGCCAUGUUGUUGGUUCCCCCCCGCUGAAGAUCAGCUGGAUGAAGGACAGGAAGGACCUGACGUCGGCCGGCAGCACGAAGAUCAGCUUCUCAGAGGGGACGGCCUCUCUGGAGAUAAGCCCCGCCUCCCGGCACGACGCCGGGGACUACCUCUGCAAGGCCAUCAACGAUGCCGGCAGCGAGUUCUGCAAGGCCAAGGUCACCGUGAAAGAGAAAGCUGGAGUCCCUGCUCCGGCUGAAGCUCCGGCUGCUGCCCAAAAACUGGACAACCUGUUCUUCAUCGAGGAGCCAAAAACAAUCCACGUCACAGAGA